CGCAGGUGACACCCCCGCCCGGGGAGCGGCGGGAGCGAUCCCGAACCCGGUCCCGUCCUAUCUCGGCCCCCAUCCCGGUCCCCGCCGUCCCAGUGGCCGCCAUGGCAGAGCAGGAGAGUUUGGAGUUCGGCAAAGCCGACUUCGUGCUGAUGGAUGCCGUCACCAUGCCCGAGUUCAUGGCGAACCUCCGGCUGCGCUUCGAGAAGGGCCGGAUUUACACCUUUAUCGGGGAGGUGGUUGUUUCCAUGAAUCCCUACAAGAACCUGAACAUCUACGGGCGGGACACGAUCGAGCAGUACAAGGGCAGGGAGCUCUACGAGAGGCCUCCCCACCUCUUUGCCAUCGCUGAUGCUGCUUACAAAGCCAUGAAGAGACGAUCCAAAGACACCUGCAUUGUCAUCUCAGGUGAAAGCGGGGCUGGGAAAACUGAGGCCAGUAAAUACAUAAUGCAGUACAUAGCAGCCAUCACCAACCCCGGGCAGAGGGCUGAGGUGGAGAGAGUGAAAAACAUCCUGCUGAAAUCCAACUGUGUGCUGGAGGCCUUCGGCAAUGCCAAAACAAACCGCAACGACAAUUCCAGCCGGUUUGGAAAGUACAUGGACAUCAACUUUGAUUUCAAGGGAGACCCCAUAGGUGGGCACAUCAAUAAUUACCUGCUAGAAAAGUCCCGUGUGAUCGUGCAGCAGCCUGGGGAACGAAGCUUCCACUCCUUCUACCAGCUCCUGCAGGGAGGUUCUGAGCAGCUCCUGCGUUCUCUGCACCUCCAGAAGGAUGCAUCAGCCUACAGCUACAUCUGCCCUGGGGCACAGCUCAAGUGUUCCAUCAAUGAUGGGGCCGAGUUCAAGGCAGUCGCUGAUGCCAUGAAGGUGAUUGGCUUCAAGCAGGAGGAGAUUCAGACUGUCUACAAAAUCUUGGCAGCCAUUCUGCACCUGGGGAACCUGAAGUUCUAUGUGGAUGGAGACACUCCCAUCAUCGAGAACAGCAAGGUGGUGUCGGUCAUCGCUGACCUGCUGUCCACCAAGGCUGAGCUGGUGGAGAAGGCGCUGCUGUUCCGGACAGUGGCCACGGGCAGGGACGUCAUCGACAAGCAGCACACGGAGCAGGAGGCCACCUACGGCAGGGACGCCUUUGCAAAGGCCAUUUACGAGCGUCUGUUCUGCUGGAUUGUGACACACAUCAACGAUGUCAUCGAGGUGAAGAACUACGACACCACAGUGCAUGGCAAGAACACAGUGAUUGGGGUCCUGGAUAUCUAUGGCUUUGAGAUAUUUGACAAUAACAGCUUUGAACAAUUCUGCAUUAAUUACUGCAAUGAAAAGCUGCAGCAGCUCUUCAUUCAGCUGGUUCUAAAGCAGGAGCAGGAGGAGUACCAGCGAGAGGGAAUUCCCUGGAAGCAUAUCGAUUAUUUCAACAACCAGGUUAUUGUGGACCUGGUGGAGCAGCAGCACAAAGGGAUCAUUGCCAUUCUGGAUGAUGCCUGCAUGAAUGUGGGGAAAGUCACGGAUGAGAUGUUCCUCGAGGCCCUCAACAACAAACUGGGGAAGCACGCACACUUCUCCAGCAGGAAGCUUUGUGCCACGGACAAAACGCUGGAGUUCGACAGAGACUUCCGGAUCAAGCACUAUGCCGGGGAUGUGAUUUACUCCGUCACUGGAUUCAUUGAUAAAAACAAAGACACGUUAUUUCAAGACUUCAAACGCCUCAUGUACAACAGCUCCAACCCUGUGCUGAAGAUGAUGUGGCCUGAAGGGAAACUGAGCAUCACUGAGGUCACCAAGAGACCUCUGACAGCUGCUACUCUGUUCAAGAACUCCAUGAUUGCACUGGUGGACAACCUGACACUGAAGGAGCCCUACUACGUGCGCUGCAUCAAGCCCAACGACAAGAAGUCUCCGCAGCUCUUUGACGAGGAGCGGUGCCGGCACCAGGUGGAGUACCUGGGGCUGCUGGAGAACGUGCGGGUGCGCCGGGCCGGCUUCGCCUACCGCCAGACCUACGAGAAGUUCCUGCACAGGUACAAGAUGAUCUCAGAAUUCACUUGGCCCAACCACGACCUCCCCUCAGACAAGGAGGCUGUGAGGAAGCUCAUCGAGUGCCACGGCUUCCAGCACGACGUGGCCUACGGCAAGACCAAGCUCUUCAUCCGCACACCACGGACUCUGUUCACCCUGGAGGAGCUGCACGCCAAGAUGCUCGUCAGGAUCGUCCUCUUCCUGCAGAAGGUGUGGAGGGGCACGCUGGCCCGGCUGCGCUACCGGCGGACGCGGGCGGCGCUGAGCAUCGUGCGGCACUACCGGCGCCACAAGGUGCGCUCCUACCUGCGCGAGGUCCUGCGGCGCUUCCGCGACGUGCGGCUGCUGCCCGACCGCGGCCGCGGCGUCCCCUGGCCCGCCCCGCCCAAGGUGCUGCUCCGCUUCCAGGAGGCUCUGCAGGACAUCUUCCACAGGUGGAGAGCAGCCGAGCUCAUCCGGAGCGUGCCCCCAGAAGCGCUGCCUCAGCUGAGGGCCAAGGUCGCUGCCAUGGAGCUGCUGAAGGGCCACAGGGCUGACAUUGGCCUCCAGAGAGCCUGGCAGGGGAACUACAUCGCACUGAAACCAGACAGCCCCCAGAGCUCAGGCUCCUUCACCCCUGUGGCCAACGAGCUGAAGCGCAAGGACAAGUACAUGAACAUCCUCUUCUCCUGCCACGUGCGCAAGGUGAAUCGCUUUAACAAGGUGGAGGACAGGGCCAUUUUCAUCACUGACAGACACCUGUACAAGAUGGACCCCAUGAAGCAGUACAAGGUGAUGAAGACCAUCCCCCUCUACAACCUGGUGGGGCUGAGUGUCUCCAAUGGGAAGGACCAGCUCGUGGUGUUCCACACCAAAGACAACAAGGAUCUCAUCGUUUGUCUCUUCAGCAAUGACCCCUCCAACGACAGCAGGAUCGGGGAGCUCGUGGGAGUCCUGGCCAGUCACUUCAAGAGGGAGAAGCGCACCCUGCACGUCGCAGUCACCAACCCGGUGCAGUGCAGCCUGCACGGCAGGAAAUGCACCGUGUCCGUGGAGACCAAGAUCAACCAACCCCAACCGGAUUUCACCAAGCACCGCUCCGGCUUCGUCCUCUGCGUGCCGGGCAAUUAACGGGCAAUUAACGGGCAAUUAACGGCCCCUCUCGCCCUCCCCGCCCGGGACUCGGGAGAUGCUCAGCAGCGACUCGCCAGGUGCCUAACGCAGCCUCUGAAGGUCAUCGUUUGGAAAACCUGAAUUCCGGGGGUUUAGAAAAGCCAAAUUCGCAUGGAAUGAAGACCUAAAAUACCCGGUGACCUGUUCUCCAUAUUACAAGCCAGACUGGAAUAUCAGGAGAGUGCUUCCUUUGGAAUUAGUCUGAAAAAAAGAGUUUCUAGGUACUUCCACGCUUUCUUCCCUCUCCCACAAUCUCCAGUUUUCCCUUCCAUGUUCCUUUCCCUUGUGUCAGUUUUUGCAGUAUGAUUCAGCCUCCAGGGGAGGAACCAAAGACACCCAGCUCAGGUGUCAGGUUCUGUAGGGCCAAAUCCCCACGGAACCGGAGCCAGGCUGGGAAGGGAGGGCUGCCUUCCACACCCCACACUCCCCCAGCCCCUCCAGGCACCUCCAGACCUGCUGCUUUCCCUCGGGAAUUUAUCAACCCAUCGAGGCACCUUGGCUGGACAGGGGACUUCCCAGUGCAGGGCCUGGUUUCGUUAAUCCUGCGUUGCUUUUUGCCUUAAUUACCCCCUCCAAGGGCCUGAAGCCGGUGGGUUCCCUCUGGGACCAUGUGGCCUUGCUGAAUUUUUAGAUGAUCCGUGUGGCUUCGUGUCUGUGCCAGCACUGGGGUUAGGAGGGGCUAAAGGGAGCCAGGGCAGGGUGAGCCCAGGAACAGGGGGAGCUUUGGGGGGCCAAGCUUUGCACUAUCCAACAUGAACCUGGCACAGCCCCAGCUGCCAGCACCAGGCUCCUCCCUCCAAAGAGUUUUCCUGGCUCUUCCCAGCAUGGGGCUGUGGGUGUCGGGCUCGUCCUGCCCAGCCCAGAUAACCCCGAGCUCUGCCUUGAUGGAGGGACAUGGAUCUCCUCAGUGGUUUAUUCCCACUGUGCUGGGCACUGCUGUGGUUCCCGAGCAGCCCAGGCUGUUGGGAUUGUUCAUUGGGAUUGUCCUGGCACUGCUGGUCAGGUCAGGAUUCCCAGCCCUGGAAGUGGGUGAGCUGCGUGGGGACCCCACCUCGGGGUCCAGCCCAGCCAGCAAAUGGGGAGCACUGGUUAGAUGGAGAAUUUUGGGAAUCAGAGAGCCUGGAAGAGGCUCCUCACUCACAGGAGGUUUCCUGAAGCCGUGCUGGGACAUGGGGCAGGGGGACAGGGCGCUGCAGUCUUGGUGCCCCACUGCCACCCCCGGGACUGGGAGGGACUGGGAUGAACUGGGACAAACCCGUGCAGGGGGAGGCCCCAUGCCAGACCUCUCCCGUUCCCAUUGUCCCUGAACCAGCCCCGGGAGCAGCCCAGCACCCCCAGCCCCCCGUGCCCCUCUGGGUGUCUGGAGGGUCCCCUCGGGGUGGGAGGUGACACAGCAGCUCCAACCCCGCCAGGCUCACCCAGGGACCACCAGGGACCUCCAGCACCUCCUUCCACCCCACCUCAGCUCCUCUGAGGAGCAGCAGCGAUGCCAAAGCCACAGGACACUCCUGCCCUGCCCGGGGAACUCCGGGCCUUGCUGUGCCUUGGAUUUGCACCCCUCGGUGCAAACAUCCCCCAGCCCGGGUGGGUGCUGGGGUGGGAUCAGCACUUUUGUACCCUCGUCCCUCCGGAUGGAAUUGGGGUGGACGGCAACAAAAUGCAGGAUGGGAAAUUUCUCCUACCAUGAGAUGGCAAUAUUGUGUGUGAUGAGAUGUGUCUUAUAAAAUGUAUUAUCUGUUCCUGCUCUGGUUUUAUAUAUAUAUAAAUAUAUAUAUAAAUAUAUAAAAAAAUAUAUAUUCCUGGUUUUCCCAUAAAUUAACUAUUUCUAAAUUGAAACUUGGAUUCUCAGCCGGGGGCAAUAAUGCAAUGAACCCUUUUUUUUUUUUUUUUUUUUUUUUUUAAAUCGCUGAUAUUUUAUGCGUAAAAGAACAUAAAAAACCUACUAUAAUGGACCUGGAUUUUGUUUACAUAAUUCACUGUAAUAAAUAAUAAAAGAAAGCAAUUAGUUGCAUCCCACCAUGGUGCUGCCCGUUCCUGUUAGCGCGGGGGGAGAUGAUGCCCAGAGGGAGCGGUGUCCCACAUCCCAGUUAUCCCAGUUAUCCCAGUUAUCCCAGUAUCCCAACUUUCCCCCUCCGGCUGCUCUCCCACCACGGGGUGACCCCGGCGCCGGUAACGCGAUUAAAGCGGCGGCUGCGUUAAACCCUCUGUCGUCAACACAAAUCCCGUUCCGAGGGCUGGGAGAGCAGAAAAGACUCGGCCACGAACCGCUGCCGUGUAAUGGAUGGUCAGUGCAUUUUUAUUUAAUCAGCACAGUACAAAAAUAAAUAAAAAUAAGGGGAGGGGAUUAAAUUACAGGCACACUGAGCCCCAUGACACAGUCGGUCGGGUUAUAAACCACACAUACUUACAAACACACUAUACACAUACAUACAAAAUGAGACAAAUAUAAAUUAAUAAGUAACAAUACCCAUCAAUUUGGUCAACAAAGAUCUACAGAAGAGAUUGCACUAAAAAAACGUACGUACACAUGUAUCAUUAGCAGGGUCCAAUGUACAGCCAUGAAGAGCUUCAAGUGAAAAAUCAAAAAUAAAAAUAAAUGGCACGUUAUUUCUCCCUCUUGUUCGCCAGUUUAACGCCCGAUGGACCAGAACUAAACUAGAACUGAGCACACGGAGAAAAGAAAACGAUAAAACCCAAAAAGAAGGUCUCAGUCCCCAGGCCUGAUACGGGAAUACCAGCUCGAGACUGCGGUGUCGGGGUGGUGGCGGGUCUUUGUGCAUGGGUGUAAUUUUACAGCCAUCUCUCGUUAAGGUU